AUGGCUCCAGUAUCAACCUCGAAAACCGUGGUGACGGGCAUGAAGAGAAAGUCGGCACCUGCGAAAGAUGUUCAUGUGAAGGAAAACAAAAAAGCGAAAAUCGAUUCGGGGAAAAAGAAAAUGGAUUCAAAACCCAAAGCUAAGCCUGUGAAGAAGGUCGAAUCCGAGAGUGAAGAGGAUUCCGAUUCUGAUGAUGGAGGCGCAGCUUUGGAUUCUGCUUCUGCAGAUGGUUCGGAUAGUGAUACGGAAAUGAAAGAAGUUGAGGGCAUACAUCCAGAUAGAAUUAAGGCUGUUGCCGCCAACAGUCAAUCAUCGAAGGAGGCACAUGCGAAACAAAAGCAAUUGGCAAAUGAAAGAAAAGCAGCAAAACCUUUAGCAGAUCAAUUGGCACGCACGAAGAAAAUUUGGGAACGUUUACGCCGAAAGUCGCAUGUUCCAAAGGACGAGAGGAAACAAUUGGUUGAGGAACUUUUCGAGCUCAUCACCGGCAGAAUCAAGGAUUUCGUUCUUAAACAUGACAGUGUGAGAGUUGUUCAGACCGCCGUCAAAUAUUCGAAUCCGGAGCAGAAACGUUUGAUCGCAAAGGAGCUUGCAGGAACAUAUCGACAAUUGGCUGAGAGCAGAUACGCCAAGUUCUUGAUUGGAAAAUUGCUGGUUCAAGGAGAUGAUGAAAUUAGAGAUCUCAUUGUUCCAGAGUUCUAUGGACAUGUUCGUCGACUUAUCAAGCACCCUGAAGCUGGAUGGAUUCUCGAUGAUAUUUACCGUGGAGUGGCUACUAAACAACAAAAGGCUAUUAUCCUUCGAGAAUGGUAUGGUGCCGAAUUCGCCGUUAUGGAGAGAGACACAUCUAAGUUCUUGACUGGAGAACUCUCAGAAAUCUUGGCUGCUGAACCUGGAAAGCGAGCACCAAUCAUGCGAUAUCUACAAGAAAUGAUCAAUCAUCUCUUGCAGAAGAAGACCAACGGUUUCACCCUCCUUCAUGAUGCUAUGUUACAAUAUUUCCUCAAUGCCAAACAAGGUACCGAGGAGAUCACUGACUUUAUCGAGUUAUUGAAGGGUGAUGAAGAAGGUGAUUUGAUGAAGAAUCUGGCAUUCACUAAGUCUGGAGCAAGAGUAGUUUGCCUUGCUUUAGCAUAUGGAGGUGCCAAGGACCGUAAACACAUCCUCAAGAUGUACAAAGAUACACUACAACUGAUGGCAGGAGAUCCAAACGGACAUAUUGUCAUUCUUACUGCAUACGAAGUCAUUGAUGAUACAGUCUUGACAGCGAAAUCUAUUUUCCCAGAGUUGCUUAGCAAGGAUGAAGAGAAACAAGCUGAGAACAUUGUGUUUUCUGCUAAUGACCUCAACGCACGUACCACACUUCUUUACCUUUUCCAAGGUCGCUCAAAAUCCCUCUUCCCAGCAAGCCAUAACUCAGAUCUCGAAAUUCUCUCUGAAGUUGACACAAUCCGACCCACCACCUCCAAGAAAGACCCAGAAAUCCGUCGCCAAGAAUUAAUCAAGGCUCUAUCCCCCUACCUCCUAAAGGCUAUUGCCUCCGCAUCCAGAGAGCUCAUCGCCACAUCUUUCGGAUGUCAAUUUUUAACUGAGGUUCUUUUCGGCGCUGAAGGGGAUAAAUCGGCAGCUCUUGAGUCACUUGCUGAAGCGGUAUCCGGAGACCCAACAUAUAUUCAACCUCCUGUUGAAGAAGGAGCUGUUAGUGAAGAACCACCUUCUCACAUCGCAAGCACACCUUUCGGUGGAAAAAUGAUUAAAUCUCUCAUCGCAGGUGGUCGUUACGAUCCAGCUACUAAAUCUAUCAUCCCGAUCGUACCAGCUUUGAAUUUUGCGGAUAUUUUGUAUCCACAUAUUAAGGAGUUUAUCGUUGAAUGGGCAACUGGUUCAAGUUCAUUCGUGGUAGUUGCUUUAUUGGAAUCUGAAUCUUUCGGAAAGAAGGAUGAGGUUAAGAAAGUUUUAACGAAGAACAAGAAGAAGUUGGAGAAGGCAGCGAAAGAAGAGACGGUGGAGCAAAAAGCUAAGAGGGAGGAGUUUGAAGCGAAGGAGGAGGAAAAGAAAGCUAGCGGGAAGGGUGCUGUUAAGAAAGGAAAGGGGACGAAGGAGAGGGAGGUGGGUAAUAAGGGAUCAAGUAUGAUUUUGGUUAUGAUCUAA